AUGGAUAAGUCGUGGAUUUGGCUUCCAAGGAAUAGCCACGAGUAUUCAGAAGGAGCAACUAAUUUUGUGAAUUCGUCCGCAAAAAGAUUGGGAAGUCUGUCUGAAAUGCUAUGCCCUUGUAGAGACUGCCGCAAUCUGAGCCAUCAGUCACUGGAUAAAAUUGUGGAGCAUUUGGUGAUUAGGGGUAUGGAUAAGAAGUAUAAGAGUUCUCGUUGGAGUAUUCAUGGAGAAAAAAGAGAUUCUGCAGAAGACAGUGUUCUUCAAUAUGAAACAGAGGCGUUUGAUUUGUUUAAGACAAUAUUCUCCAUGGACGAAGGUGGUCCAAACCCGACAACUGACAACGAAGACGAUGAAGCACCAGAGGAAAUUGAGUUUAAGAAAAAGCUCAGAGACGCUCAAACGCCAUUAUACUCGGAUUGUCUCAAGCACACAAAGGUUUCAGCUAUCAUGGGACUUUACAGAUUCAAGGUUAAAAGUGGUGUGUCGGAGAACUACUUUGAUCAGCUGUUGGUUUUACUUGAGGAUUUGCUACCUGAAGACAAUGUUCUUCCCAAGAGUUUAGCUGCAAUCAAAAAAUUUCUGAAGAUCUUUGGGUUCGGCUACGACAGUAUUCAUGCUUGCAAGAAUGAUUGCAUAUUGUAUAGGAAGGAGUAUGAGAACCUAGAAAGCUGUCCAAGAUGCAAAGUUUCAAGAUGGGAAAUGGAUAAGCACAGUAAUGAGUUAAAGGUGGGGAUUCCGGCAAAGGUCCUUAGAUAUUUUCCAAUCAAGGACAGGUUUAGGAGGAUGUUUAGAUCACAAAGGAUGGCUGAAGAUCUGCGUUGGCACUAUACCAAUGCCACUGAAGAUGGUACAAUGCGGCACCCUGUUGAUUCUAUCUCUUGGGCACAAGUGAAUGCUAAAUGGCCAGACUUUGCUGCUGAUCCACGGAAUCUUCGACUUGGGAUUUCUACAGAUGGGAUGAACCCUUUCUCCAUGCAAAGCACCAAUCACAGCACAUGGCCAGUGUUGUUAGUGAACUAUAACACGCCUCCAACCAUGUGUAUGAAGGCUGAGAAUAUAAUGCUGACUUUGUUGAUCCCUGGUCCUACUGCUCCUGGUAACAACAUUGAUGUUUACCUAGCACCACUGAUAGACGAUCUAAAGGAUUUGUGGGCUGAGGGUAUUGAAGUGUAUGACUCAUUUGCGAAGGAGAACUUUAAUCUCAGAGCCUUGCUGCUUUGGAGUAUCAGUGACUAUCCAGCCUUAGGAACACUGUCUGGAUGUAAAGUAAAGGGGAAACAAGCCUGCAAUGUAUGUGGAAAGGAUACACCUGCAAGGUGGCUUAAGUUUAGCCGCAAGUUUGUCUACAUGAGUAACAGAAGGAGACUACCGCCUGGCCAUCGUUACAGAUAUAAAAAAGCUUGGUUUGACAACACUGUGGAGGAAGGGAAUGCUAAUAGGAUACAAACAGGCGCUGAGAUAUAUGAGACACUACAAGCUUUUACGAAUGAUUUUGGUAGACCUCUAGAGAAGGAAAAAAAAAGGAAAAGACUAGAGUUGGAAGAUGAUGAGAGGUUACAAGAAGAAGAGUGUGAAGAAUCAAAUGAACUAUGGCGGUGGAAGAAGAGAUCAAUAUUCUUUGAUCUACCUUACUGGAAGGAGUUGCCUGUUCGUCACAAUAUUGAUGUUAUGCACGUAGAAAAGAAUGUGUCCGAUGCUAUAUUGUCUCUGUUGAUGCAAAGUGCGAAGUCAAAAGAUGGGUUGAAAGCAAGAAAAGACUUAGAAGAUAUUGGAAUCAGAAAGCACUUGCACACAGAGGUGAGGGGAAAGAAAACAUACUUACCUCCUGCUGCCUACUGGUUAUCGAAGAGAGAGAAGACCAUUUUCUGCCAAAGGUUAGCUAAGUUUAGAGGCCCUGAUGGUUAUUGUGGUAAUAUUGCGAAUAGUGUUUCAGUUAACCCUCCAAAUAUUGGUAGUUUAAAGUCGCAUGAUCAUCAUGUCUUAGUACAGAACUUGUUACCAGCUGCAUUAAGAGGGUUGUUACAUAGGGGUCCUAGGAUAGCCAUAAAUAGAUUAUGCAGUUACUUCAACAGGUUGUGUCAGCGCAUCAUUGACCCAGAGAAACUUAUAUCCAUGGAGACAGAGUUUGUGGAGACAAUGUGUCAGCUGGAGCGCUUCUUCCCUCCAGCCCUUUUUGAUAUCAUGUUUCACCUUCCACUACAUUUAUCAAGAGAGGCACGGUUGGGAGGACCAGUUCACUUCCGAUGGAUGUAUCCCUUCGAAAGGUACAUGAAAACACUAAAGGCUUUUGUUAAGAAUUAUGCAAGGCCAGAAGCAUGUAUGGCUGAGGCGUAUUUAGCUGGAGAAUGUGUUGCAUUUUGUUUAGAGUUCCUUAAAGAAUCAGUACCAGUUCAAGAAGCAGUUAAUCGUAAUGAAGAUGUUGAGGCUGAUAGAAUGGUGGUUGAAGGCCGACCUCUGCAGAAGGGUAUAGAGGUUACCCUGUCAGAUAAAGAUAGAGACAUUGCACAUCGAUAUGUGCUAAUGAACAUGGCAUCUUUGGAUCCCUUUCUUGAGAUGCAUUUGGAAGAGUUGCAAGCUAAGGAUGCUCGAUUGGCUAAAAAUGAAACUUUGUUAUGGAAAAACCAUACUGAACACUUUACAGAAUGGCUUAAAAAUAAGAUUCAUUUAGACUCAAAAGAUAGUCAUUCUAAGGAGAUAAGGUGGUUGGCAUUUGGACCAAGAAAUGUUGCUUUAGCACAUAAAGGAUUCAUCAUCAAUGGCCAACGGUUUCAUACUGAUGCGGUCAAGCUGAAGACACAAAACAGUGGAGUAACUUAUGAAGCCUUUAGCAUGUGUAGAUCAAGUGCAAGAGAUAUGAGACAGGUCGCGGAUAUGAUUACAUACUAUGGAGUGAUAAAGGAGAUUUUGGUCAUCGACUAUCACAUGUUCAAAGUGCCACUCUUUAGAUGCAACUGGGCAAACACAGCGAAUGGUGUGAAGGAAGAAGAUGGCUUCACUCUUGUUAACCUUCAUAUGAACCAAGCAGCCUAUUUGAAAGAUCCAUUCAUUCUACCUUCUCAAGCGAAACAGGUUUUCUACUCUAGGGAGGAUGAUGCUUCAAAUUGGUAUGUUGUUAUGAGAGCACCACCUAGAGGUUAUCAUGAGUUGGAAACAGAAGAGGAUUUAGGUGGUGCUCCUUUACCUGUCCAAGAAGUUGAUGAUAUGGGUGAUGAUAUGGAUGAUGAUAGUGUAUAUGUUAGGGAUGAUUGUGAAGGUUUAUUAGUGGUAGAUUGA